AUGUCAACCAUAAACAUUUUGAGAUACUCAGCAGUUGCUUUGGGAAUUGCAGUUGGCUUGAAGACCGAUUUUGGCUUGAAGUCCGAAGCGUCUAAAAAGUCUGAGCAAAAAGCCUACGCAGACAAGAUUCAGCUCAUCGAGCAGGCCAAGGCUGAAUACACUAAGCUUCACGCACCAAAGACACUGGAAAAGCAAGGCUCUUCGAUCAAACUCGAUCUCGAAGAUCCUAACUUGGACUACAGCAAAGUCAUCAUGGGUGCUGUUGAAUCCUUGAAGCAAUAG